AUGGACCAGACUAGCAAGUUAGCGUCUACAGAGGGAUCAAUAUUCAAUAAUUCAACAAGAAGCUGUAUCUCUAUUUUUGUAACAGAACAGACGAAAAGUUUUCAUCACCCAAUGCCUCACAGCACAACUGCACAGAGAGAAGGUAAUCGCGGCAUAGGACAUGGGUCGCAUCAACUUGGAAAUUUGCAUCAACUUGGGUCGCAUCCUCACCGCUCUCUCCAUAAACUAUCAGAAAAACAUGGUCCAGUCAUGCUACUUCACUUGGGCAGUAAGCCAGUGGUUGUUGCUUCCUCUAUUCAUGCUGCUCGUGAUAUCAUGAGAACCCACGACCUCGUCUGGUCAAGCAGACCUAAAUCCAGCAUCGCCGAUAGACUAUUUUAUGGCUCCAAGGAUGUGGGCUUUAGUCCUUUUGGUGAAUACUGGAGGCAAGUAAAAAGUAUUACUGUGCUUCACCUUCUCAGCAAUAAAAGAGUCCAAUCUUUUCGUGAUGUCAGAGAAAAAGAAACUGCCAACAUGAUUGCAAAAAUCAGGCAAGGAUGUGAUUCUUCGAGUUCAGUGAUAGAUUUGAGAGAUCUAUUUUGUUCUUUGACUAAUAACAUAAUUAGCAGAGUGGCCUUAGGGAGGAAAUAUAAUGAAGGGGAAAGUGGGAUGAAUGCUAAGGCCACCCUGGAACAGCUUCUUGAACUUCUAGGUGUUUUUAGCGUUGGGGAUUAUAUUCCAUGGCUUGAAUGGCUCAAUAAAAUCAGUGGCCUAGACAUCAGAGUAGAGAAAGUAGCUAAAGAGUUGGACGCAUUUUUAGAAAUAGUGAUUGAAGAACACAUGAGUAGGAACAAGAAAGAAGAAUACCACGAGAGUGAAGCUAAAGACUUCGUGGACGUUUUGCUUGAAAUUCAGAACGGAAAGGAAACAGGCUUUCCUAUUCAAAGAGAUUCAUUGAAAGCUAUCCUCUUGGAUGCGUUUGCUGCGGGUACGGAUUCAACAUAUACAGCUCUAGAGUGGAUAAUGACUGAGCUUUUGAGGCAUCCAAGAGCUAUCGAAACAUUACAGAAUGAAGUGCGAGGAUUAGCCCAAGGGAAAUCGGAGAUAACAGAGGAUGACUUGGGAAAUAUGCAGUACCUGCAAGCAGCGAUCAAGGAGAGUCUCAGACUUCAUCCACCGUUUCCGCUACUAAUUCCUCGAGAAUUAACAGAAGACGUAAAAUUACUAGGCUAUGACAUACCUGCUAAAACUCAAGUCAUAAUUAAUGCUUGGGCAAUCGGAAGAGAUCUGUUGUCGUGGGAUGAUCCAGAGGAGUACCGGCCAGAGAGGUUCUUGAAUAGUAAUAUUUACGUCAAAGGACUAAACUUUGAAUGGAUUCCCUUCGGAGCAGGCAGAAGGGGCUGCCCGGGAAGAACUUUUGCUGUUUUUGUGAUUGAGUUGGCAUUGGCAAAGCUUGUACACAAGUUCAAUUUUGCAUUACCAGAAGGAUUAAGAGAGGAGGAUUUGGAUAUGACUGAAACUAGUAGCCUCACUGUCCGUAGGAAAUCACCUUUGCUAGCCGUGGCUACUCUGUGCUCUAGUUAG